CGCCAACGCCCCGGCACACGUCAUCAUCUCGCGCACAAUAGGGCCGCGGUGAGCGUACGGUGAAAACGGACACAGACGAUUCCGGGGCAAAAUCUCCGCUGAUUUGGCUUCAGACUCCCAAAAUGUCGGAGUCCUCGGAGACACAGACUAUUCAGGAUCGUCUGGACCGUCUGCAGGAGCUGACGGAGUUCACCGAAAACUGCAAGAAACAGCUAAACGACAUAUUUGAAACGCUGGGAUGGUCGCUGGACUACGAGCAGGAAGCCACGGAGCAGUGCCCCUACGACCCCGACCACAGGGUCCCAGUCAGGACCAUGGAGAAACACAAAGCCUCCUGCCGCCUCAGAAAGAUGGGCUACUCAGCGGAGGAGCAGGCGGAGAUGUGCGACCCUUCCGUGUGUUAUGAGAACAGCAGUGUCAGAAGCUUUACCAUGGACAAAUCCACCCAGCACCAGGUGAUCCUACAGGCCAGAUCUGCUGCACCGUUGAUGCGGAUGGAAGGAGUCUUCUGGCAAGGUCAGUACUCCGGCCAGCCUGUCGACGUGCCUCAGAACCACAAGCGAGCUGUGUGUGAUCUCACUGUGGCCGACCGAUUGGCUCUGUACGAUCACGUGGUCGGCGCCCUCGGCCAACAGAACGAAGCUGGCUCCUCCAGCAACGAAGAUCUCUACGUAGAUUUGGUGUCCAAACUUCAGAAGGAUGACGAACAGAACGAACCGAAGACUCAUCUCGAGCUGAUGGCAGAGAUGAGGGACUACAAGAGGCGGCGUCAGUCCUACCGCGCCAAGAACGUUCACAUCACCAAGAAGUCCUACACUGAGGUCAUCAGAGAGGUGAUCAACGUCCACUCAGAGGAGCUCGCCAGACAGUGGAGAGAAGAGGAUGACGAGGAUGAGUCGACACGAUCCGAACACUGCUCCCGCAGGCGUCGCUUGGAUGAAAGGAGAUCAGCGUCCUCAGAGUCUCAACAUUCCCGCAGCAGGUGCCAUCGCAGCCGGGAAAGAAGCCAUGACAGAGAGAGCAAGAAGAAGAAAAAGAAGAGGGAGAGGGAUUCCCGCUCCCCCAAUGACAACCACUACGACCGAAAGAAGAAGAAAAAGAAGAAGAAGGAAGACAGGGAGAAAGAGAAGUGAUAGUCCUGGAUCAGCAACAACAGAAGUCUGAUCAGAUGAGGUCAUAGGUCAUUUUGGCCUCUGCAGGUCAAAAUAUGUCAGACGCUGUAACAUUUUAAGUUUUUCAACUGGGGGAUUUUGGGACGCUAUAAAUGGGAAUAAAGUUUUGGGAACCAACAACACGAA